AGUCAAGCUCCAGCGCUCCAGCCGGCAGCAGCAUCGAGCUAACAAGUCUUUGUGAGUGUAAAGAGAGAGAGAGAAAGCGAGGAAGAGAGAGAGAGCGAGAGAGAGAAGAAGAGGAGGGGUGCAGAGCAGGAGAGAGAAUCAGACAGAGAGAGAGUUGACAGAGUGAGGGUGCAGAGGAAGAGCGCAGGAGAUAGUGACAGAGGCAGAGGUGUUUCAGUGCUGCGAAACAGUGCCAGAGGCUGCUGGAAGAAGAGAGAGAGAGAGAGACAGAGAGAGAGAGAGAAGGGGAGGAAAGCGGGCAUCAUGGCAGCGCUCACUGCAUCAUCACGACACAUGGGGAUGUUUGGCUGCUGCUGGUGAUGCAGAGGAGAGAGUCGAGGACUUCCUGGAAACCAAAGGCAAGACAAGGAAACAGGUCAGUGACGGUCAAACACUCAGGGGGGGAUUCAUGCAUGAGGAAAGCCAAGCUUUCAUCACCCCACACUAUGAUGAUGAUGCUGAUUUACAUUUGUCAAUAAGAAACCCCCCCCCCCCCCCCUUUUGCUAGUGCUCAGGAUGUGGACAUGCAUGGGGAGUGGGAGGCUGCAUAUGCAUGCAGACACGUGAGCAAGCUUGAACAAGUGUGCGGAUGCAUGUGUGCAUAUGAGUGUGCGCUUUAACGGGAGCUGGACCGGGAAGGUUUCAACACCAGGAAGACUGCAACAUCUGUGACAUCAUGAAAAUAUGAGGAGAUGAAAUGAUGUGUCUCUGCUUCCACACAGCUUUCUGGCUUUUUCUCCACUGAGCAGGAGAAGCUGCGCACAAGGCUGGAUGGAAAUAGAGGGGAGUGGAGCAAAAAUAGGAGAAACAAUGCAAGAAAAAUUGAAACAAGGCAUGCAUGUGUGGGUAUAAAUGUAACCAAAAUGAUGAUAGAGGAGUUGUAAUAUUGCGGUGGGUAGCAGGAGAAAGGAGACAAAGCCCGUGAGAGAGCAAACGCUUGGCCCAGCAUCCAGCUCUGCUGCAUAUGAUGUAAUCCUCCACCAGUCCAAGCAGUCAACUCAACACUUUUAUACACAAAUGUGAAAUUUAAGUAUGAAUAGAAAGCAGAGGGCUGGUUAAAAAUGCCCCUUCUGUGGUAGAAAGUGUGUCCUGUGUCUUUGCGGAAGUGUUACCCUUCCUUCAGAAGCAGCUAAUGUGAUCAAAAGAGUCCAAAUUUGUCAGAGUACGAACACGUCUAAGUUUCAUCCAGCAGCACUAACUUUGGCCUGAUUAUUAAAAUAGUGAAUAAUGACACAUUUGAAUUCAGAACUAAGUGUUUUCUAAUUAACUGAUUUAGGUGUAUAUGAGAUAACCAUCUUGUGUGAACAAGAUUAACCAUCUGGAAGAAACAAGUUAUCCUUUGUACUGAUAUCAGAUAUUUCUUAACAAGUAAAUACCAAGUGCAGAUGAAAUAAUCAUCUUGUGGGAACAAGAUUACUAUCUUUAGAGAGCACUAGAUCUUGUGCGCUCAAGAUAAUUUUCUUGUUGGGACUAAUUGUUCCCUUUAAAAACAAAAAAAUAUCCAGUGAUGAAAAAUAUAACAUAUAAAUUUGCAUUCAAGGUAGUUAUCUUGUGGGAACAACUGAACACCUGGUGUACAUGGAAUGUACACCAUGGAAUGGAACACCUGGUGUGUGCGCAAGAUAAAUAUUUUAAGGGAGCAUCAUAUCCUUAUUACAAACAAAUUUAAAAAAAGAUCUUUUGGGUACAAGAUUCUUAUCUAUUCUGCACAAGAGUAUCAUUUUGUGGGACUAAAUAUCUUGUCCACACAAGAUAAUCUUUAAAAAAGGGUUUUUAAAAAGUUAGCUCCCUCUGUAAAUGAGUUUUUAUCUUGCAAGAAUAGCUUUUACAUUUGCACACAAUAUAAUUAUUUUGUGGGGAAAAGUUUUUUUUUUUUUGCAAAAUUACAAUAACCUUAUGGGAACAUUUUAUUUACAAGUGUUUCUUGUUGCAUUCCAGUUACUUCGACGGUCAGAAAUCCAAGCUAAAAAUGACGUCACACCCGAGUUGCCAGCGUUUCAGUUACUAAGUUGGAAAAAAGCAAAAUCGGAGGCGGAAACAAGAUGGUUACAUCUAUGAAAGUUAUUUUAGCCCUUGCCUUACCUGAAUAUAAGCAAGAACAAGGUAAGCGCUAAAGUAACUUUCGUAGAUGUAGCCAUCUUGUUUCCACCUCGUAUUUUGCUUUUUUCCGACAAACUGAAACGCCGGUUACUUAGGUGUGACGUCAUUUUCAGCUCCAACAUCUGACUUCCGAGGUAACUUGAACGCAGAAUAGGUCUGGCAAAAGUUAGCAUUAAUAUUAUCCAUGUUGUCAUUUGUGCAGGUGCAACAAGUGGGAGGGGCCACACAAUGAGCGGGAUCCUGAAGAGGAAGCUGGAGGAGGGCCCGCCUCCUUACCUGUCCCUGCAGGGGUCUGAUGAUGACGUUUCCUGCAGCGACAGCGGCAACAGCAGUGAUAGUCUCAACCAUCCUGUCCCUGCUGGACUGAUGGACUGUAAGAUCAUAUUACCUCUCUGCUUCUGUCAGCAGCUACAAUCGGAAAAACUUACGAUUGCAUAUAAAAAACAUAUUUCAGUCUGAAGCCAAGUUAGAAGCAGAUUAUAACUCACUGAAAGUGCCUUAACCAAAGACUAUAUAUAGAAUGGACAGAGUCUGCCUCCUUGCUGGGUGAAUAAACCUCGAGAACAGCACCCUCUGUUGAUGGGCUGCAGUAUAGGUCAUAAAUCCCACCUCCACCAGCAAAGCUUAUGGAGCUGUGGACCAACUUUAGAAAUUAAUUACACAGAAUAUAAAUGUUUCUCCCCCCUGCUUGCGUUAUUGACAUGUAGUUACAGUAAGACUGGUUUGUGCUCAAGUCCUCUUUUUUCUGUGCAGCUCCAUUUUUAAAAGUUAUUAGGGGGUUCAUGUUUGCUAUGAUUGACACUUGAUACAGCCUAUGAGCGUACAAAGAUUGCGUAGCUCACCCGGGGGAUACGCUGAAUGAACCGAGUGUCAUCACAGCGCAACGCAAUGUUGGUUUCAGGAAGUGGAGAAAAAAACGCAGCGUUACUGAGAGCUUUUCAGCUUCAAAUCCGUACACUGGCGGAAGAUGGAACCAAGUUAUCCACAGUAUGUACAGUCUAUGGCCUCAACUGAGUCUUAUCUUUACCUCUUUAAUGGAGGAUUUUUAGCCGCCAUUCAAGGCCUUCUUUCGCGUUCCUCAAGGACGUGUUUUUGGACCGUUUUUGUUUUUUCAUUCAAGCUUUAUAUUGAUGACACACUGCUUUAUAUAACCAAAAAUUAAACCGACUCUUGUCAAGUCCAUCUACCUGACUUUUUUUCCUCUUUUAUAGCUGCAUGAGCCAAAUAAUUCGCAAAUUCAAAACAACCGAAGAGCGUCUGUCCUAACUAACCCACAAAAUGUGUUAAUUUGUACUUGAUUAUGUUUCGUUCACUCAUAUUCCCAUCUUUCUAUCUCAAUCUUAGCCACCCUCCAGCAGCAAUCGAAGCGACUGCGAGGUCGCAACGUGCAUUUUGAAAGUGUCACGGUCUACUACUUUAACCGGCGGCAAGGCUUCACCAGCGUACCCACGCAGGGCGGCAGCACCCUGGGGAUGUCGCCACGUCACAGCGGGGUGAAGCGCUUCACCCUCAGGGAGUUUGCCAUGGAGCAGAAACAGAGCCACAGGAACAUGCUGAGGAAUCAUCUCAAAGCGGAGAAACUCAAUGCAAUCAAACUAAAAGUCAGUGGGACUCCUCAAUUGAGCUUUUUUAGAUCAUCUCAAGGGUGCACACUUUUUAAAAAAGUGUCUAAUCUUUGCUUGACUCUCUUUUUGUUUCCUCCAGCUGACUAAGAACGGCACCGUAUCAUCCAUGGAGGCAGACACCCUAACGCUCGAUGAUAUAUCCGAAGAUGACCUGGAUGUGGACAACACGGAGGUGGAUGAUUACUUCUUCCUCCAGCCUCUGACUACCAGACGGCGGCGGGCUCUUCUGCGUUCCUCAGGGGUCCGACGUAUCGAUGUGGAGGAAAAGCACGAGCUGCGUGCCCUUCGCAUGUCCCGAGAGGAGUGUGGGUGUCGCUGCCGGGGAAUAUGUGACCCGGAGACCUGUGCUUGCAGCCUGGCCGGCAUUAAGUGCCAGGUAAAUGGAACUGUGGUGAGGCCCAUCUAUAAUACUCAAGUGUUGUUCAUGUUUGUCUGUGCAGUAGAAAUUCGUUUAAAUCAGUUCCAGCUAGCUGGUGUAACAAACCCCUAACUCUGUAUAGAAAUUAGCGGAGAUGGAGAAUAGGCACCUGAAAAGGUUUUUUGCUUAAUCCUGGUCAAAUUGUCACAUCUUUUUCAUUAUAUUAACUCAAUCUAUCAACAUUAGUUUUUAUAAAUUUGUGACUUUAUCCUCAUAAUUUCUCCAAAUCUUUUUUGUAAAUCUACGACUUCUUUUUUGUUACAUUAGGGCAGGGGUGGGCAAUCAUGUGCCAUGGAGGGCCGAAAGGCUGCAGGUUAUCUUUCCAAGCCAAAACUCCACCAGGUGAUUUCACUGAUUACCUCCAAGAAGAGAGCAGGGACUAAUCAGUGAAAUCACCUGGUGGAGUUUUGGCUUGGAAAGAUAACCUGCAGCCUCUCGGCCCUCCAUGGCACAUGAAUUCUUACAAAUUUAUGAACCUAUUCAUGUAAAUUUAUGAUAUUAUUUUUACUAUGGUAUCACUCUCUGGUCAUUAAGUCAAGACUUCAUACUUUAAAUGUCUACAUGUUUAUUUAAACCAUGUUUUGAAGCUUUUGUCCUCCAAAUAAAGGCCCUAAUGCUUUGUCAUGUUGCUCCAAUGAACAAAAAAUAAUCUAAAUUUGAGCACAGAUGCACAGGGUAUAAACUACUUAAAGCUGUAACAUAGCACACAUGUAAGACCAUCUUUCAAACAUCAUCAGCUGUGAUUUUGAUCUUCAGCUCUCUUUGUCGCUUCGGUUCAGCACUGGUUGAAUCCUUUUCUGCUCCCUCCUCAGGUGGAUCGGAUGUCCUUCCCCUGCGGCUGCACCAAAGAAGGCUGCAGCAACAACACGGGGCGCCUGGAGUUCAACCCGGUCCGGGUUCGCACCCACUUCCUGCACACCAUCAUGAAGCUGGAGCUGGAGAAGAGCCGCGAGGAGCAGCAGCAGCACCAGCAGCAGCAGCAGCAGCAGCCAGAGCAGCAGCUUGUAACCAACGGCAACGGUUACCAUGGCGACUCCUCCUUGGUCCAGCAGCAGCAGCAGCAGCAGCCGAACCUGCAGUUCCCUCCGCACAUUCCCAUCAUGCACCUCCAGAACACAGGCGACGCGGACUCACAUCUAGAUGAAGAAGAGGAAGAGGAAGAGGACGACGAAGAGGAAGAAGAAGAGGAAGACGACGAAGAUGAUGAUGAAGCGUACGAGGAAGACGAGGAGGGGAGCAGCGUUUGCAGCGGGCUGUCGGACUGCAGCACGCACAGCUUGGAAACAAUCGACCCCGAGGAGGAGGAAGAUGAAGAAGAGGAGGAUGAAGAGGAUGAGGAAGAGGAUGAUGAUGAUGGGGAGGAGGAUGAGGACGAGGAGGAAGAAUGGGGUUGCUCAUUGCAAGGUCCUCCGCCUUACCCAGUUCCACUUCCCUCUGUGCUAAGUUACUCGAAUAACUCCCUCCUGAACCCUUUCCACAACUCCCCCUCCAUGCAGCACUAUCAAAUAGACACGUCUGUGACUGACGCCCACACUUUUGCUCAUGAAAACUCGGGUGUCACCCAAACACUCCCCACAGUGGAGACGGCGCUAGAGUCAAAAAUAACAACAGAAAUCUGCAGCCAAACAGAGCCGCAGAGCAUCCCCUGCCACUUCCCCGACCCCACAGACUCCCUCACUCUCCAAACUUGCUCACAUGUGGACACCCGUGAGUGCCACACUGCCCCCGCUGGUGCGAACGGAGAACUGCCGCUCUCCACAGACCUCCAGAACAAUCCAGACCGUCGUGACUCACAGACUGAGGCCUCGGCUGGGUCUGUGGAGCAGACAGAGGAGGAAGUAAAGGGUCUGACGCAAACAGAACUGCAGAUUAUAGACACGUCAUGCCCACAGACAACCUGAUGAGUCAGAUUUCUAACAUUAAAAAGGGUUCGGUUACCAUGUGAAAAUCUAUCGUCAACUGUGUUCAGCCAUCGGUUUAAUUUAUUCUUAAUAAGUGCACUUCAAAAAAGAGUGAGAGUCCAACUUUGAGAUGUCAUUUUAGCUCCAUUUGUCUCUCGGUUUAGAUAAAAGACGACAGAACCUUCACAAUAAAACUCAAUACCAGUAUUUCUGUACAUUAUUUGUGUAACUUUACCCUGUUAUCAAGUAUUUUUGUCAUUCCAGCAUGUUUUGUGGCUGUGACUGGCAUCUAUGACAAACCAACAUUUCGAGGUGCUUGUAUUCGUUACAGUAUUUUUUCAUUGUACUGGUUGGUGUCUCAACAUUUGCUGCUAAUCGUUCUUAAAUGGCUGUCUGUAAAGCAUGUGUUCGGUUUACCCAGCAGAAACUGUAAAAUGAUAAAAACACAUAAAACAGUUCAUACUUA